AUGGCGGGACGCGUUCGCCAGCCCAUCAAUGUCCGGGCGCUCGAGGCGUGGAUCGCCAAGUCGGUGCCCGAGAUCGAGGUGCCGCUCGACGUCAAGCAGUUCGGCUUUGGCCAGUCCAACCCGACGUACCAGCUUACGUCGCCCGACGGCCGGCGCUACGUGCUGCGCAAGAAGCCGCCCGGCGCCCUCGUCUCCAAGACGGCGCACAAGGUCGAGCGCGAGUACCGCAUCAUCGCCGCCCUGGCCGCUACCGACGUGCCCGUGCCCAAGGCCUACUGCCUGUGCGAGGACCCUAGCGUCAUUGGUACCCCCUUCUACAUUAUGUCCUUCCUCGACGGCCGCAUCUUCGAGGACCCCGUCAUCCCCAACCUGCUGCCCGACGAGCGCCGCGCCAUCUGGGCCGACGCUAUACGCGUCCUCGCCAAGCUGCACCGCGUCGACCCCCGCGCCGUCGGCCUCGAAGCCUUUGGCAAGCCCUCGGGCUUCUACACCCGCCAGGUCGCCACCUGGCGCACCAUCUGCGACGCCCAGGCCAGCGUGCGCGACGUCGAGACCCACGAGCCCGUCGGAUCCCUCCCCCACUUUGCCGACCUCAUGGACUUUUUCGCCGACGAGGCCCAGCAGCCUGUCGACCGGGGCACUCUUAUUCAUGGCGACUUCAAGAUUGACAACCUCGUCUUUCACAAGACGGAGCCGCUGGUCAUUGGCAUUCUGGACUGGGAAAUGUCCACCAUCGGCCACCCCCUAUCCGACCUGUCCAACCUCCUCACGCCCUACUUCACGGCCCGCCUCGACCCGUCCAGGAGCAUUUCGGUGCACACGGGGUUUCGGCCGCGCGCCACGCGCGGCCUCCCGACGCCCGAGGAGAUCUCGACGCUCUACUUCUCCGUCGUCGACCCCCGCACCCCGGCCUCGCAGUCCUCGCUCGAGCUGUCGCUGACGCGCCAGACCCCCGGCGAGCCCGACCGCCGCCGGGAGCUGCAGUGGGCCCAGGCCUUCAACAUCUUCCGGCUCGCCGCAAUCUGCCAGGGCAUUGCCGCGCGCCACGCCGGUCGCCAGGCGAGCAGCGAGCAGGCGCGGCGCUACGCCGACUCGCGCGCCCCGCUAGCCGAGUUUGCCUGGGAGCUUGUGCAAUCGACCCGCGCUGCCGGCGCCGGCGGUGGUGGUGGUGGUGACAGUGGGAGUAGAGGAUCCAACUCGAGACUUUGA